UGUUCCGGUUCUCGGAUGUUUGUUUACACUUGGGAUGUCACCAGAGAUGGCUAUGCCAAUUAUUCAUCUCUCAGAUUGUUUCUUGAUCGUCAGGGCAAACCACUUGUUCGGAAGAUCAUUCCAGGUGUAUCAAGCUUCCACGAAAGGCCAUCGGAAGUUCGCGAUUAUUUCUUUCAUCUGUUGGAUAUAGCUACGGCUGAAAUCGCUAGAGAGUAUCACACUGAAACACCGCUUUAUAUAUUAGCAACUGCGGGAAUGAGACUUCUCCCUGAACAGGAUAUAAUUUUGAAUGAAGUUCGUGCCGCUGUGAGGAGCAAAUAUCAAUUUCGAUUCAAAGAUGCCUAUGUGGAGACAAUAACGGGAGAUGAAGAAGCGCUUUUUGGAUGGAUAGCCAUUAAUUUUAUCCUUGGUUCAUUUUCAUCAUCAAGUAAGAGUAAUUCACCAACACACGGCAUGCUGGAUUUGGGAGGUGCAAGUGUGCAAAUAUCUUUUGAGGUGUCCCCAGAUCAGCCGGUUCCCAAAGAAAGUUCAAUGAAGUUUGAGUUCUUUCUCUCAGACUCGCAAGAAACACUUAAGUACAGAGUCUACGCUGCCAGUUAUUUAAAUUAUGGAAUGCAAGAGUUUCGAAAUUUAAAUCAAGGUGAGUCGAAUAAAACGGCUAAUAUAAGAAAUGUGAAUGUUAAUUUACUUUACGUUUUUCUUUUUUCUUCUUAUUCAGUAUGUAUUACUGCCAUUACAAGUUUACUCAUUGAAGUAAAAUCACACGCUUAG